AUGGAUUCGGUCAGCGAGGCUCGAGCUCGACAGAGGAUCAAGGCACUCACGCGCUGUCAAGGGGUCAUGAAUGGGUUGGGUCAGCGAGGCUCGAGCUCGACAAAGGAUCAAAACACUCACGAACUUCACCAAUGGGUUGGGGAUCACCAAUGGGUUGGGUCAGCGAUGCUCGUGCUCGACAUAGGAUCAAGACACUCACGUCCUGUCAAGGGAUCACAAAUGGGUUGGGUCAGCAAGGCUCGAGCUCGACAAAGGAUCAAGACACUCACGCGCUGUCAAGGGAUCACCAAUGGGUUGGGUCAGCGAGGCUCGAGCUCGACGGAGGAUCAAGACACCCACAGUCUUAUCAAGGGAUCACCAAUGGGCUGGGGAUCACAAAUGGGUUGGGUCAGCGAGGCUCGAGCUCGACAAAGGAUCAAAACACUCACGAACUGUCAAGGGAUCACCAAUGGGUUGAGUCAGCAAGGCUCGAGCUCGACAGAGGAUCAAGACACUCACAGUCUUGUCAAGGGAUCACCAAUGGGUUGGGAAUCACAAAUGGGGGGUCAGCGAGGUUCGAGCUCGACAGAGGAUCAAGACACUCACGAACUGUCAAGGGAUCACCAAUGGGUUGGGUCAGCGAGGCUCGAGCUCGACAUAGGGUCAGGACACUCACAUCCUGUCAAGGGAUCACAAAUGGGUUGGGGAUCACAAAUGGGGAGUCAGCGAAGUUCGAGCUCGACAGAGGAUCAAGACACUCACAGUCUUGUCAAGGGAUCACCCAUGGGUUGGAUCACAAAUGGGGGGGGAUCACCAAUGGGUUGGAUCAAUGAUACCUUAUGUCAUCAUACCAGCAGGGAUGGUCAACAGACGUACUGCCUGUAA